AUGAAUGUGUAUUGGAAAAAACGUGGCAUAACAUUCCACCCGAAAAGCAAAGUUUUUGGCCCCAUGGGAGAGUUCGUAACUUCAAAUCGACCGCUGUUUGAAAUCUAUAACGACAUUUAUAAAAUGUAUCCCGAUGAACCUGUAGUCGCUGUUGGUUCUUUGUUCAACCCUGCGCUUUUUGUCAAGGACCCAGUCAACUAUCAGGUUUUAAGUGCAGAUUUCAAUUCAUUCAGUCACAGAGGAUUUGAUAUCAAUGAAGGAGAUUUACUCGCAGACAACGUUGUCUUUAUGAAUGGUGACAGAUGGAAGCUGAUGCGACAGAAAAUGACUCCACUGUUUACUGCGACUAAAUUGAAAAGCAUGUAUUACUUGAUGGAUCGCAGUGCACAAGAUUUUGUUGAAUAUUUAAAUAAGAGACCGGAACUGUUAAAGGGGAAUGCUUUCAAUACUCUUUUCACUUUUUCCAAUGCCGCUGUAGGAGCCGCCGUAUUUGGGAUUGAAAAUGAAUCGAUAUUUGAGUCACCUUUUCUUAAGAUGGCUCUUGACGCCUUCAGACCGACCUUUAAGUUUAACUUGACUUUUGCAAUCGGAUCAUUGAAUGCAAAGCUUUUUAAGCUAUUAAGGUUGAAAAUGUUCAAAGAACACGAAGAAUUGUUCAUUCCAGCUAUAAAAGAAGUGAUACGUAAACGAGAGGAAUUAAAUGUGCAAAAUGUGCAACAUGACUUUGCAGAUUUGUGUGUUAAUUUAAAAAGUAAAGGUACAAUGAAAGACCACGAUUCGGGUUUAGAAUUACAACCGACUGAUGAAUUAUUGGCCGCUCAAGCAUUCUUUUUCUAUAUUGCCGGAGUGGAACCUACGGGCACGGCCAUGUUUAAUAUUUUAAUAGAGCUUGGCCGUAAUCCUGAUUCGUUAAAACGCCUACACCAAGAAAUCGAUAAUUCAUUUGAGAAAUAUAGUAACGAGAUGACGUAUGAUGCCAUCCAGGAAAUGGAAUAUUUAGACAUGGUGCACGAUGAAUCGUUAAGGAUGCAUCCUCCCAUAGGAUAUUUAACAAGACAAUGUGUUAAGGAUACUGUCCUGCCGGUUGGUAAUAUAAAAGUUGAAAAGGGAACGAAGAUAUUUACACCAAUAUAUGCAAUCCACCAUGACCCAAAGCUUUACUCGAAUCCAGAAGUAUUCAAUCCAGAGAGACUUUCUCGUGAAAAUUCAAAAAAUAUAAAUAAUCACAUGUUCAUGCCAUUCGGCGAAGGAAAGAGAUUAUGCAUUGGUGUAAGAUACGCUACUCUACAAGCAAAAGCAGGUUUAGUUCACUUACUUCGACACUUUACUGUUAAAACCCACAUCAAAGAACCAGGAAUUAAAUACAGUAAGCAAACUAUACAAGUCAGACCUGUUAAUGUAGACGUUGAAUUUAUACCUCGAAACCACUGAUUUGUAUAAAUGGAUAGGUCUGAAAUGUGAGCUAUUACUUCGUUCUCAAUAAAUGCUUAGUAUUAAAUUCUCAUCAAGGUCAUCAACAGUGACUCUCAAUGCCAAGAUGGCGAAUCAAUUAACAGGUUACCUGUCGUACUAUACGGACAAAAUUAUAGCUCUUUUAGUUAGUUUGUAAGUGGGGUCUGAAUUUAUUUUUU